AUGUCUGAUAUAGACUGGGCCAAACUGGCCCAGUACCCCUUCUUCAUUGAUCGAAAGCAUCCAACAUCAACACAAUGCGACGAUAUCGCAGAAUCCAUCACAGGCGCUACGCAGAUCAAAUCAGUAGACAGCCUCAGUGAAAUGUCCUACUCUGUUAUCUGCAACAACUGUUCCUCGCUUCCACUAGACCGCGUUGUGGUAUUCCGAGAGAAUAAUUCCAAGGCGGAACUUAUCGACUACAUAGUCAAGCUUGCGAAAGAUACUUUUGGGCCCUUGGCGCCUGAGUCAACCUACUAUGGUAAGUUGGCGAGGGCGAAGCCGUCACUCUCGAUCUAUACUAUGCCUUGUCAGCCUGGGAUAUCUCUUCUCGGUGCCUUACGGUGCUCGGUAGAGUUAUCUCGACAGCAAAAAGCAAAACAAGCCAGUUUUAUUCGUGAUCUUGCUAGGUUCUUCGCUUUAUCUUGGUCCAACAAACAACCUAUGAAACCGCAAGAGCUGCUCUACAUACGGCAAACAGGUAUCCGCCACCAACUACGCCAAUUCAAGCAAUUUGCUCCCUCUAUUUUACCGACUCACAUGGUCGAUGGACUCAUCGGUCUGCUCCCUACGCUUUUCAGUGAAGAGUACGGUCUCGUAUUGACGAAUGGGAAUUUAUCACUUACGAAUAUCCGAGUUGAUGAAGCGACCUACGAGAUUACUGGUAUCGUUGACUGGUCCCUCGCUAAGGUCUUGCCAUUCGGUAUGGAUUUGGAUAUUCUUUGGCUUACAACAGGGUAUAUGGGGUUGAGACAAUGGAAAAAUUAUGAGUGUAAAGCGUUCUUUCUGAAGUGUUUUUGGGAUGAGUUCUGGACGAGCGUGGUGCUUGAGCCGCAUGUUGAUCGGAUGAGAAUGAGGUUUUUGGCGGAGCAGGCUGCUAAAAUUGGGGCUUUGUUGAGGUAUGGGUUUGUUAGACGGAAAGAUGGGACAUCGGAUAGUGUUGUUUCGGUUUCUGAUCGGGAUGGUAGACAGCUUAGGGCGUGGUUUGGGGUUAAUGCAUAG